AUGAGUAACCUAAAGAACGUAUUACCUCCAAGGAUAUUCGAAGUUGUGGAAAGAGCUGGAAUUUCUACUUUUAAACAAAUCAUGAUUCUGUCUGUUUGGGACAUCAAGAAGUUAACAAACCUGCGUACAGACGACAUCAAGUUCCUUAAGAACGUAGCUGCAGAUUAUAUUUGUCCAAUCAGCCAUACAUGUGAUAAAUUACUGAUAGAAAAUGAACUAAGGGUAAAGACAGGCUGUGUGGAGAUUGACGAGCUACUUAUGGGUGGUUUCCGUAGAGGAACUUUGACAGAAAUUUACGGAGAAAGCGGUUCUGGUAAAACACUAAUGGCUAUUCAGGCAGCAGCACAUAAUUCAGCUGCUGGGUGUGUUUUUAUCUGCACAGAGGAUCUUUUCCCUGUAAAGAGGUUUGCACAAAUGAAGCAUCGUUUUCCUAAUGUAUCUUCUAAACAUGAUUAUGGUAAAAAUGUAUAUAUAGAACAUAUAACUGAAGCACAAAAUUUAUUAUCAUGUGUGAGAGUGAGCCUUCCUAAAUUACUAGAGAAGAAUAAACCGGCGCUUAUUGUCAUUGACUCAGUAGCAGCACCCUUUCGCUCAGAAUACUCGAAUUAUGUCCAACGUGCUGAAGAUUUGAGAGAAUUAGCUAUUUCACUAAUAACUUUAGCUCAGAAAUACACCUUGGCAGUUGUCUGUAUUAACCAAGUUACGGCUUCCUUUGAUGGUGCUGACAAUGUAUUACCUACACUUGGCCUAGCCUGGUCUAAUAUGGUGUCUACAAGAUUGUGGCUCAAAAAAACCAAUCAAUCUGUACAUAUUAGCCAUUUACCAAUGGAGAAUAGAGAAAAAUUUAGGAAUACUGAACAAAGUGUGGUUGUAAGAAAACUGUCUGUAAUUUUUUCACCGGAUUUACCUAAUUCUUCACUAAAAUUUAUUAUUACUUCUACUGGUAUUCAAACUGUUAAUUAAAUACCAAUGACCUAUAAACAAAUGGAUGUCGGGUUUAAUACAAAAACCAUGAAAAAAAAGUCUGAAGUUAAAUUAUACAAAUGUAGUGACAUGUAACGAAAUCGAAAAAACUAAAAUGUUUAAUUUAAAUUAA